UGCUGUGGUGGCGACGGGGGCCGUUGGGGAGGAGCCAGUGGGGGAGGGAGACGGAGCAGUGACAAGACAGAGCGGUGCUGCGGUGACUAUGGCAGAGGGGCCGGAGGAGGCCCGAGGCCGCCCUCCCGGGCAGGGCGACGGCAGAGGGGACCAAGACCCGGUCCAUUCUCUGACAGGCCCUCCUGCCGCCGCCGCCCCGCAUUCCUGGAACGAGCCGCAGGCCGAACCCCAGUCCCCGGGCCGGCCCCCAGCCGCGGGCCUCGCGCCCACCGCGGCCGCCGCCGAGGAGUCGGAGCCACAGCUCGAGCCUGGGAAGCCCGGGGACGCGGCGUCCGGCUCCGGUGCGGAGCUGCAGGAGCCGGCGGGCUGCGAGGCGCCGGAGGCCGCGGCGCCGCGUGAGAAGCCCGCGCGGCUGAGCGCCCGCGAGUACUCCCGGCAGGUGCACGAGUGGCUGUGGCAGUCUUACUGCGGCUACCUCACCUGGCACAGCGGCCUGGCCGCCUUCCCAGCCUACUGUAGCCCCCAGCCAUCCCCGCUCAGUUACCCCUCAGGCGGCGGCACCGCUGCCCCCCAGGCCGCGGCGCCAGCGCCCCUCCAGCUGGGCUAUUACAACCCCUUCUACUUCCUGAGCGCCGCGGCCGCCGGACCUGACCCGGGAGCGGCUCCGGGCAUCACUACCCCUGCUCCAGUCACGGGCCUGGGACCCCGGGCUCCUCAAGUGCAGGGAUCCGUCCAGGCAACCCCAGUGACGCGAGUGGGAUCCGCCGCCCCUUCGCGAGCCCCGAGCGAGAACGGGCGCCAGGCAGGCAGAGAGUAUGUUAUUCCAUCCUUGGCCCACAGAUUUAUGGCAGAGAUGGUGGAUUUCUUUAUUCUCUUUUUUAUAAAAGCUACCAUUGUUUUAAGCAUUAUGCAUCUCAGUGGAAUAAAGGAUAUCUCUAAGUUUGCUAUGCAUUAUAUAAUAGAAGAAAUAGAUGAAGACACAUCAAUGGAAGACUUGCAAAAAAUGAUGGUUGUGGCUCUUAUAUACAGAUUAUUAGUUUGUUUCUAUGAGAUAAUUUGCAUUUGGGGAGCAGGCGGAGCUACCCCAGGAAAGUUCCUGCUGGGGCUUCGAGUUGUGACAUGUGAUACAUCAGUGCUUAUUGCACCAAGUCGGGUUUUAGUGAUUCCUUCCUCAAAUGUUAGCAUUACAACAUCUACUAUACGAGCUUUGAUCAAGAAUUUUUCUAUUGCUUCUUUUUUCCCUGCUUUCAUCACACUGCUGUUUUUUCAGCAUAAUCGAACAGCCUAUGACAUUGUAGCAGGAACCAUUGUGGUAAAAAGAAAUGGGGUCAGAUGAUGCCCCCUAAAACCCUGAAUUCCAUACUCUCUGGAAUAAUGACAAGACUAAAUUAUGUAUCAAGGCCAUCAGUAUCCUUGGGUUACAUUCAUUGAUGAUUUAGAAAUUAAAGCAGUCGCUCCAGUGCGAUACAGGUGGCUGUUCUGAAAGUAUUGCUUUUACUUGAAUGCCAAAGAACUUUUCCAGAAGAAAAACCUGUUAAAUUCAAGUGUUAAAAUUUCAGAUAAAAAAGGCAAGUGGUUUCAUAACCAACAAUGGACAAUAUAUGCUAAGAUCUAAGGCAUUAGAAUUUGCUGAAAGCAUUUUCAGCUUUGAAAUCUCCAAAUGAAACUUUAAAAUUAAUUUAUUUUGGUGUAUCCCAAAAUGAUGGAAAAUGUCCAGUUGUGUUUUGUAAACACAUUAUUCAUCUUUUAGUUAACACUUCUUGUGGAAAUUAUUAUCUGUGCUUUUUGGGGUAGUGGGGACACAAAUUUAAUAAUUCACUUAUCUCCCAUUCCAGGAGAUAGUUAGCUAUAAGAGAAAGGGGCAAGUGAGGCAGGCCUACUGACUCCCUUACCUAAAGUUUUAAAAUCUGUAUUGCAGUUUACUGUGGAGUGAUGUAACUUUACAACUGUUCUUAAUGCUUAAUAUGUAUUUUGGGGCAAGUAUUGCAUGAUGAUAAAGUACUGUCAUUGCUAUAUUAACAUUGAUUUUUUAAAAGAAAAGGUUAGUGUUUGCUUUUAAUAAGGGGGAGUAAAUUUUCACUGUAAAUUUAACUUAAAAUUUAUGUGCAAGUAUUUUCAGUGCCCUAAAUCAAACUAUAACUAUGUGGGGGGAAAUUACUUUUCAUCAAACUGUUGGAUAUUUACUGUAAAACAAUAUUCCCAGUAUGUGUACGCAUGAAGAAAGUAUUAGUGCUUUUCAGUGUUCUGAAUAUUAACUUCUCUUUACACACAGGAUAUUCACAUACCAGUUUCCUUUUAUAUUUUAUAUAGUUCCAUAAAUUCUGAAACAUCAAGGAGUUAAAUAAUCUUAGUAUUUCAUGAUUAAAUACUACUGGUAGCCUGUGAAAUAUUAGCAAUUUUCCCAGUAUGAACUGUUCUAAAACAAGGAAGAGCAGCAUUUCCAGACAUUAUUCUAAGUUCUUUGGUUCUGUGGGCCCAAAGCUUAUAUUUGGGGCCUGCCAGGGAUGAUGAUGUGAGGGAAACAUUAAGCAAAGUAAGACUUUAUGUAUUGCCAUUUUAAUUUAUUCUUCUAUGGAGCAAAGUUGUGGAGUUGCAAGUGUGUGCGUGCUUUUGUUAGAUGGCCCAGUUAGCUGUGUUGAGAUAUACCUGAACUAAAAGUUUUGUUUCUUAGGCAUUUUCUCCAACUCUGAUCAAUUAUUUUCCAAAAAAACCCAAACAACACUAAAUUGUAUUGGAAAGUUCAUAAUUAGAUUGCUUAAAGGAUCGAUCUAGGCUUUAUUUUUGGUCUUUAUUAGCAAAUGCAAGACACAUCUGUUAUCACUGUAUUAAUUUUUAAAGGUUUUUCUUUGAUAUUUUAAAACUGUGAAAAUAUUCACAUUUGAUGGUUAUGGAACCUUAACAGCAUCCUUAUUAAUAUCUUUUUUUUGUAAACUUCAUAAACGAUGUUUUGAAAAAUAAUUUUAAUUAAAUCCAACAUCACAGAAAGCCUGUUAAGUGUCAAAGGAUUAAACAGAUCAUUCACUUGUAGCCUCUGGGAAGAUAUUUAAAGUGUUAUGGUCCUUCAAAGUAUAAAUAAAUAAAACUAAAUUUUUAUUAGACUAGAAAUUAGGGAAUGUUACAUAAGCUUACCAACCUAGUAGUGUAUACAUUAUCAUUAAUGUAUACAUUAUUUUUGCUACUGAUGAGGAAUUCAAGUUGAAAUCUCUUUCAGUCAUUUAACUUUGGAAUUUAUCUUUAAUGUAUUAUGUCCUCUGAGAUUAUUGGAUGGUUUACCCUUUAGGCUAUUUUUAUUUAUAUACUAUUUUUGUUUAAAACAAAAGCAAACAAGUAGUCCAGUUUAAUGGUAUACUUAAAAUAAUGCACAUUUUCUAUAAUAAGUCAUUCAGAUUAAUAUCUAUGUAGGUUCAUUUAGAGCCAUCUCAGGAUUCAAAUUAUACUAUAUUGCCUAUAAAACUCAAGUAUUAUUAAUUUGACUGCUUUUACAACAGAAAAUCCAAGUCUUAUUUAUGAAUUCAUCCCUAGUAACAUUUUAGUUCCAAAAUUAUUGAAAAAAAAACGAAAAGACAUGAUGGGGAAGAAAAGGGAGCCACAUUUUUUUCUCUUGAGGUUGUGGGCCAUAGAGAAUCCCUCUCUUUUCAAAACACUUUUCUAUUUAGUAUGUCAUUUAUAGAAAUGCUGGUUUUCUGUGUCAAAGUAUAAUUUUCAUGCUGAAGCUCUAGCCUAAAAAGGCAAAAAGAAAGUUGUCUUCAUAGUACAAACAGUAUUCGUCACUUUUAUGACAUAAGGGAACAAAAAUUAGGCAUGAAGCUGAGUGAGAAUAGUAUUUCAAUGAACAAGCCCUAAAUCCACAUAACAAGCAGUUAACAUAGGCAUCGAGAAAAUCUCAGUACCCAUUACUAAAGGUAGCCUGAGUGGCAGUGCCCCUUGACAAAGUCUGACAUACUAAUAUUCAUGCUGGGCCUCGGGUAGGUAAGUGUAAGUGAUGGCAAGGCAAGCCUUGCAUUUAAACUAAUCUGUGACUAGAGAAAUAAAGCCAACACUUUUUGGGACAGUAAGCCUUAACUUUAAAACAUUGCCCAAGUGAUACUUGUGUUGGACUGGUUCAGAAGUUAUUUCUACCUAAACAUUUACCCUCCAGUUUUACCCAGAUGUUUAGGGCUGGAAAAAAAUGUAUUAUAUUUGAGGGCCACUUUGUCUAAAUUGUGUUUUAUUGUUUCAAAUGGUAGUAAAAAUUGUUUUAACUCUUAAGAUUUGUUCCCUUAAGCGACUUGUUUGGGUAUUUCACACUUAUGCAUAAGUAUUUCCAGCCUAAAGAAGGUAGAAAUGAGUUAAAAAUUAAACUAUUUGCUACUUAGGAAUAAAGGGCUUUUUAAGAGAAUAGGGGCAUUAAAUAUUUUCAUUCCAUACUUACCCCUAUUAGAACAGGCUAUUGUUUCUUUUGAAGAAUAUCUCUCAAUAACAAUAUUCCUAAAAUCUGACCAGUAUCAUUUCAGUUACUUGCCGUUCCCCACCCCCCAUACAUAAGGUCAUAAUCUUUACAAUAUGUAUUUGCCUGGGUGAAGUUCCUCAUUUCAAACUGUAUAUGUGUAUUUCCUUGCAGUUCAUUAUAGUAGGGCUUGACCCACAGACAGUAUCUGAUAGCCUGCCUAUAAAUAAACUCAGUAUUCUAUUUUUAGUAAUUUGUAUGCCACCAAUUUGUACUUGUCUCAAUAAAUACUUGGUCACCAAUGA